AAAGUGUUGCUAAUAUCAAAAAUUAGUUGGUUAUAUAACAAAUAAUAUUUAAGACUUGUGUUUUAUUAAGUCAUUUAGUACGAAUUUUUGUGCAACUUUAGUUUUUGUGUGUGGCAUAAUAUUUUAAUAAGAAAGACUAGAAUUGUGCUGGAUAUUUGUACUUCUUAAAAAUGCUUAUGAAUGGUUUCAUUGCCGCCGUAAUUGUCAUAUCCAUUAUACAAUAUACGCGUUGUACCGACGAAAUUUCAGAAAUACAUUGCGGUAAAACUGUGGGGUGUUUUCGCUUACCAGCUAACUGUAAAACUAGCAGUUGUGAUGUUUUUAUAACUUAUGCUUACAAAAAAAGCAGUGACUCUUUUGAUAUAACUAUCUCUUCCAAACAUAAAUGGGCUGCUUUUGCUUUGGGAAAGGAACUUCAUAAAGCAAAAAUGGCUGGUAUGAAAGGCGAGGUUUGUGUAGAAAAUAAUGGUGUUGUUCAAUUAUUAAGUUUAAACGCUUCAAAAAAUGGAUCACCUGAUUUUAAAACACCUUCCAAAGAAUUGAGUAUUCGACUUGUUACAAAAAAAGAAAAACGGGUUUUUUGUAAAUACAGUCGAAAAGCUAGAGUUAACGAUAUUAAGGAUUUCAUAACCACACUUGAUACAAAAGUUUACGCAAUUUACGCUUACGGUGAUAAAAUUCGAGAUAAUUACCCCGGCUACCACGGAUACGGCAAUUACGGUUACACUAACAAAGCUAUUGAUUUAAAAAGUGUUAUGCUUGCUUAAUUUAUUUCAUAAAAAAAAAAUACUUUUGAAAGUUA